AUGGACGUCCGAGUACCUCGAAUCGAUCAGAUGAGUUACAAAUCAGUCCUCACCGGCAAUGGACUCGGUCGUGAUAUUUCUGCUCAGGGACAGAAUGACAAUCCUUUCUUCCAGUGGUGUGGUCAACUGAUCGAGCCGAAUCCCUCGCAAUACCUCGGUUGCGCCGAUUCCUUCCACCCCUUCGCCAAAAGCCACGAAGAUUACUGGCUGACCAGAGAUAUUUGCCGAAAAUUGGGCGACUUUCAAACCGGUAAGCCUCUCGCGGUAUUUUGUCUGAUCUGCCACGAACCUCUUCCUAGAUUUGCUGUCCGAUGCGGAUACUGCACUGAUUUCCGACAAAAGCAGCCCCCAGAUACAUUGGAAUCACGUUCAUGUAUCAUCUGCAAGGGUGACACUUCGUCCUGGUAA